AUGGACAGCCUUCGUGGUUUUUUAGCUAUAUGGAUCAUUACCAUUCUGUUCUUGCGGAAUUCAAGUAAUGUGGAAGGAAGAAAUCAUAUUCACAAGAAGCAAAAGAGCAAGAAGUCCAAUAUUGGGUCCCCUGCCUAUUCUCCUACUCCUGAAGACCCUGUUUCUCCAUCCCCUGCUUAUCCUCCUCCUGUUCCUUCGGACCCAAACAAUCCUCCGGGCUCUUCAGACCCAAACGAUCCGGGCAACUCGAGCUCGGGUUGCAUCUUUGAUGUGACCUCUUUUGGAGCUGUUGGAGAUGGUUCUACUGAUGACACUGCUGCCUUCAGGGCUGCUUGGAAGGCAGCUUGUCAAGUAGAAUCAGCUGUUCUUUUGGCUCCAUCAGACUAUGAUUUCAUGAUUACUUCGACCAUCUUCUCAGGGCCAUGCCAACCAGGACUUGUGUUUCAAGUUGAUGGGGUCCUAAUGCCACCUAAUGGACCAGAUGGCUGGCCGAAAGAAGAUAGCAAUAAGCAAUGGCUUGUGUUUUAUCGGCUUGAUGAUAUGACUCUAUCUGGAAGUGGUACCAUUGAAGGGAAUGGAGAGAAUUGGUGGGAACUACCGUGCAAACCUCACAGGGGUCCCAAUGGAUCGACAUUGCCCGGACCAUGUGACAGCCCAGCAUUGAUUCGUUUCUUCAUGAGCUCCAACUUGGUUGUCAGUGGCUUAGCCCCAAUACUGAUGGNGCUAUGCAUCCAAAACAGUCCACAGUUCCACAUGAAAUUUGAUGGGUGCGAAGGAGUAUUGAUAGAAAAUCUGACCAUUUCUUCUCCUAAGCUUAGCCCCAAUACUGAUGGGAUCCACAUUGAGAGCACCAAGUCUGUGGGAAUAUACAACUCAGUUAUUGGCAAUGGAGAUGAUUGCAUUUCAAUUGGACCUGGUUGCUCAAAUGUUGACAUUGAAGCCGUCACUUGUGGACCUAGUCAUGGUAUCAGCAUUGGGAGCCUUGGGGUGCACAACUCUCAGGCAUGUGUUUCAAACAUUAGCGUUCGUAAUGUAAUGAUAAAGGAUUCAGACAACGGGGUCAGGAUCAAGACAUGGCAAGGCGGGACGGGUUCUGUAACAGGCAUAUCAUUUGAGAACAUCCAAAUGGACAACGUUAGGAACUGCAUAAUCAUCGACCAAUAUUACUGCUUAUCCAAGGCCUGUCGGAACGAGACCUCGGCUGUUUACUUGACCGAUGUGUCCUAUAGGAACAUAAAGGGCACUUACGACGUGAGAAGCCCUCCAAUACAUUUUGCCUGCAGCGACUCAGUGCCUUGCACGAAUAUAACCAUGUCGGAAGUCGAGCUUCUCCCAGAAGAAGGGCAAUUGGUGGAUGACCCUUUCUGCUGGAAUGCAUAUGGAAUUCAGGAGACGUUAACAAUACCUCCCAUUGAUUGUUUACAAGAUGGAGAGCCGGAGUCAGUAGCAGAAAGCUCCACAUAUGGAUGUAAAUAA